GCUCAUGUGUGUGCACCCUGACUAUGAAUGGCAGCGCAAUGUGGGUGUGCGAUCACCUGAAACCCACUGUCUAGGUUUCAGUCUUUCAGUCAGUGCCAGGCGACAAUGGUUGGCCGUGGAUUUCAGUUUGGAUUUCAUUUUUUGAAUUCAAAAUGUUCUUCCUAUGCAGGCCAUUCAUAUUUCUUCAUCCUCAGUCUGAUCUCCGUUUACUACACUACACAAGCUUCGAGUUCAGUAGAUUGCAGGUCACAGAACAUUUCUUCCAAAUAUCAGCACUGUGGGAUUCACCCGGAUGGAGUACAUGAUUUAGAUUGUUUUGGUAAACAUAAUUCAAAAGGUAUAAAAACAUGUGUGUGGAAACGUGGAAACGGCGCAUCAGAAAAGACAUACACACUCAUCAUACAACAGGAAAAAAAAUAUUGCAAAGUCUACAACAUCACAGGACUCUCUGCACAGAUCAAAUUAUAUGAAUCAUACAACAUGAGCACUGAGGUUAUUGAAAACAGCGAGUCAACAAAUUGCACAAAAGCAGUUUUCAGAGGUUCCCCAAAGAGCUUGUUGCGAUGUGGUCCUCCAUACAGCGUGUCCUUCAGUCGCCACUCUGGAAGGCUACUUGUGAAUGUGAGCUGGCAAAAGGAGGACACAAAGGCCAUUAAAAAAUACUUUGUGAGAUAUAAAGCACUGGGCAGCCUGUCAUGGAGCAAGUCACCCGUGAAAUCCCAAAACGGAGAGAAUUGUACAGUGGAGAAUCUAAACUCCUCACUGGUGUACACUACACAGAUACAGUGUGUCACUAAUGAGAAAUGCUCACAGUGUGCAUGGAGCGAAGCCUUCACCGUGCCAUCAGAACUGACUACACAGCCCGUCAUAGUCAACCUAACUGACAUUGCAAAGAAAGAUGGCCACCGGCAGCUUUUUUUAACCUGGAAGUUUCCCGCCAAAGAGCUGUAUGAUGGCUACUAUGUGACCAUUGGGAAGGCGUCAGGAGAAGCAUGGGAGUGGAUGAACACCACUCAGCCUGAGAUCAGACUGAUUCUCUCCUAUUCAGCUUAUCAUCUCACCGUCAGUGCUGUCAACAACGCUAGCAUCUCCCCAGCUGUGAGCCAGCUGAUACCACAGCGAGAAGACAUGCCGAGUAUGGGAGCUGGGAAGCUGAACAUAACAGUACACAACAGCACAUCUUUUACCAUCUACUGGAAAGACAAUCUCAUCAAAAAUCAUGUCUGCUAUUCUGUGGAGUACAUGACAAAGGGGCAUAAAGCAGCGUACAUUUCAUUUUAUCAGAACGCAAACAACUAUCGGACCUUAUCUCCUUUAUCAGAGCCUUUGGAGCCAUACAAGAGAUACAACAUCACUCUGCACACACGGCCAAACAAGGCGACCUGCAACAUGAGGCACGUAAACAACAGCGAGAGCACCUAUGGGAGUACACAGUUCUAUUUCAUUGAAGGAUCUCCCGUCAGCGCUCCCACAAACAUCAGCAGCUACACUGUGACGCUGAAUUCAGUGCUGCUGCAGUGGUCGUCCAUCCCGGAGGAAGACAUCAGAGGUUUCCUACUGGGUUACAUAAUCUACUACACCGAGUACAACCCCGGAGGGACAAGUACAGAGAGAAAUAUUUCAGUGGAUCCAACGUUAAACAGCUAUGAAUUGGGGGAUCUCAAAGGUGGCACAGCAUACAAAGUCCAGAUAUCGGGUUUCACCCAGGCAGGAGCAGGAGUACGAAACACAGAAAGCAUCUUUAAAACUAAAUCUGGAGGGUUUUCUAACUUCAGUGGUGUCACAGUCUUUGCAGUUGGGGCCACUGUGCUGAUAUUUGGAUCGGUGAUAAUAAAAAGAGCAAAAGUCAUUCUGUGGCCAAGCAUACCUAACCCUGGAAAAAGCAAUGCAUUGCAGAAGAUAAUAGGACCCUGUGAACUGGAACUAUUAGAGUCCAUCAAUGCCCUGAAGGCGGAAGAAUGGGAUACAUACAGCCUUCAGAUAGUUGAGAAAGAAGAUGUGAUCCCUGCUAGCACAUUACCGCUUUAUCACGUCUUAGAGGAUGAGGACGACUCACCAGACAGGUCUUGUAACUGGAUGCAAAGAGACACAGUAGAUGGGAGUGGAGGCAUCCCACCUGGCGUCACUGCAGAGACAUUCCCAGACAUCCAACGGACAGACCCCCAGAGUUCUCCUUUCGCCUUUUCAAGUGAAUAUACAACAAUGGAACUGUUUCAGCAAGGGAUUCCUCAGGGCAUGUCAGCAAAUACAUCAGUUACCCAAGCCACGGAAAGCAAACCCGAGGACCCAGACUUGACCGUGGUAACAUCAAAAUUAUCUGUAUAAGGCCGGUCUUGGACCGCAAGGAGAUUUUCACAAUUGUGUGAAAACAAUUUGAAACAGGACUGCAGUAGCUCAGUCCGUAGGGAGUUGGGUUGGGAACCGGAGAGUCACAGGUUCAAGUUUACAUAUGGACAAAAGUAUGGUGGUGGACUGGUAGCUGGAGAGCUGCCAGUUCACCUCCUGGGCACUGCCAAGGUGCUCUUGAGCAAAGCACCAAACCCCCAACUGC